GGAGGGGCAAAGCUCAAGAUGGCGGACAAAACGCCAGGCGGCUCUCAGAAGGCCAGUUCAAAGACGAGAUCGUCAGAUGUUCAUUCAUCUGGAUCUUCAGAUGCACACAUGGAUGCAUCUGGACCCUCAGAUAGUGAUAUGCCAAGUCGGACACGACCUAAGAGCCCAAGAAAACAUAAUUAUAGGAAUGAAAGUGCCCGUGAAAGCCUUUGUGAUUCUCCUCACCAGAAUCUCUCAAGAGUGAGUAUAGAUAAGCCUCUUCUGGAAAACAAACUUAAAGCAUUCAGUAUUGGAAAAAUGAGUACAGCUAAGCGAACUUUAAGUAAAAAGGAACAGGAAGAAUUAAAGAAAAAGGAGGAUGAAAAGGCAGCUGCUGAGAUUUAUGAGGAAUUUCUUGCUGCUUUUGAAGGAAGUGAUGGUAAUAAAGUGAAAACAUUUGUGCGAGGGGGUGUCGUUAAUGCAGCUAAAGAAGAACAUGAAACAGAUGAAAAAAGAGGUAAAAUCUAUAAGCCAUCUUCAAGAUUUGCAGAUCAAAAAAAUCCUCCAAAUCAGUCUUCCAAUGAAAGACCACCAUCUCUUCUUGUGAUAGAAACCAAAAAACCUCCACUUAAAAAAGGAGAGAAAGAAAAGAAAAAAAGCAAUUUGGAACUCUUCAAAGAAGAAUUAAAGCAAAUUCAAGAAGAGCGUGAUGAGAGACAUAAAACAAAAGGCAGAUUAAGUCGAUUUGAACCUCCUCAAUCAGAUUCUGAUGGUCAGCGUCGUUCUAUGGACGCGCCUUCAAGGAGAAAUAGAUCAUCUGGUGUUCUUGAUGAUUACGCACCUGGCUCACAUGAUGUAGGAGAUCCAAGCACUACUAAUUUAUACCUUGGAAACAUUAAUCCACAGAUGAAUGAAGAAAUGCUGUGCCAAGAAUUUGGAAGAUUUGGACCAUUAGCCAGUGUGAAAAUUAUGUGGCCUAGAACUGAUGAAGAAAGAGCCAGAGAGAGAAAUUGUGGCUUUGUGGCCUUUAUGAAUAGAAGAGAUGCUGAAAGAGCUUUAAAAAAUUUGAAUGGAAAAAUGAUUAUGUCUUUUGAAAUGAAGUUAGGUUGGGGUAAAGCUGUACCUAUUCCUCCACAUCCAAUAUACAUUCCGCCUUCUAUGAUGGAACAUACGCUUCCCCCACCUCCAUCCGGACUGCCUUUUAAUGCGCAGCCUAGAGAGCGGUUAAAAAACCCUAAUGCUCCUAUGUUACCACCACCUAAAAACAAAGAGGAUUUUGAGAAGACUCUGUCGCAAGCCAUAGUCAAAGUGGUUAUCCCAACAGAAAGGAAUUUGCUCGCCCUGAUACAUCGAAUGAUAGAGUUUGUUGUACGUGAAGGGCCAAUGUUUGAAGCUAUGAUUAUGAACAGAGAAAUCAACAAUCCUAUGUUCAGGUUCUUAUUUGAAAACCAGACACCAGCCCAUGUUUACUAUAGGUGGAAGCUUUAUUCUAUUCUGCAGGGAGAUUCUCCAACUAAAUGGCGGACGGAAGAUUUUCGUAUGUUCAAAAAUGGAUCUUUUUGGAGGCCACCACCAUUAAAUCCAUAUUUGCAUGGAAUGUCAGAAGAGCAAGAAACAGAAGCUUUUGUAGAGGAACCUAGUAAAAAGGGAGCCCUUAAGGAAGAACAGAGGGAUAAAUUGGAAGAAAUCUUGCGGGGAUUAACUCCAAGGAAAAAUGAUAUUGGAGAUGCAAUGGUUUUCUGUCUUAAUAAUGCUGAAGCUGCUGAAGAAAUAGUGGAUUGCAUUACUGAGUCAUUGUCCAUCUUAAAGACACCCCUUCCUAAAAAGAUUGCCAGAUUAUAUUUGGUUUCUGAUGUUUUGUACAACUCUUCAGCCAAAGUUGCUAAUGCUUCAUAUUAUAGAAAAUUUUUUGAAACAAAGUUAUGUCAGAUAUUUUCAGACCUCAAUGCCACCUAUCGUACAAUUCAAGGUCAUUUACAAUCUGAAAACUUUAAGCAACGGGUAAUGACUUGCUUCAGAGCAUGGGAAGAUUGGGCAAUUUAUCCAGAACCAUUUUUGAUCAAACUACAAAAUAUUUUCUUAGGACUUGUAAAUAUUAUUGAAGAAAAGGAAACAGAGGAUGUACCAGAUGACCUUGAUGGUGCCCCCAUCGAGGAAGAGCUUGAUGGUGCACCUCUGGAAGAUGUAGAUGGAAUUCCUAUUGAUGCUACUCCCAUUGAUGAUCUUGAUGGAGUCCCUAUAAAAAGUCUUGAUGAUGAUCUUGAUGGAGUGCCUUUGGAUGCAACCGAAGACUCAAAGAAGAAUGAGCCUAUAUUUAAAGUUGCCCCAUCAAAAUGGGAAGCUGUGGAUGAAUCUGAAUUGGAAGCACAGGCCGUUACAACUUCUAAAUGGGAAUUAUUUGACCAGCAUGAAGAAUCAGAAGAAGAAGAAAAUCAAAAUCAAGAAGAAGAAAGUGAAGAUGAAGAAGAUACUCAAAGUUCCAAAUCUGAAGAACAUCAUUUGUACUCUAAUCCAAUAAAAGAAGAAAUGACUGAGUCCAAGUUCUCUAAGUACUCUGAAAUGAGUGAGGAGAAACGAGCCAAACUUCGUGAAAUUGAGCUCAAAGUUAUGAAGUUUCAGGAUGAACUGGAAUCUGGAAAAAGACCUAAAAAACCAGGCCAGAGUUUUCAGGAGCAAGUAGAACACUACAGGGAUAAACUUCUUCAACGAGAGAAAGAGAAAGAGUUAGAAAGAGAACGAGAAAGAGACAAGAAAGAUAAGGAAAAAUUAGAAUCUCGCUCCAAAGACAAGAAAGAAAAAGAUGAGUGUACUCCAACAAGGAAGGAAAGGAAGAGGCGACACAGUACAUCCCCCAGCCCAUCUCGCAGUAGCAGUGGUAGACGAGUGAAAUCCCCAUCACCAAAAUCGGAGCGAUCAGAGCGUUCAGAAAGAUCUCAUAAAGAGAGCUCACGGUCCAGGUCAUCUCACAAAGAUUCUCCUAGAGAUGUUAGCAAAAAAGCCAAAAGAUCACCAUCUGGUUCAAGGACACCUAAAAGGUCUAGGCGGUCACGAUCUAGAUCCCCUAAAAAAUCAGGGAAGAAGUCCAGAUCCCAGUCCAGAUCUCCACACAGGUCUCAUAAAAAGUCAAAGAAAAACAAACACUGACGUAAAUUUUUAAGAUGCUGUCACUUAUUGGAAAUGCCAUUUGUUUUGUGCCUGAAUGGUCUGUUUUUUAAAAAAACAAAAACAAAAAAUCAAAUGAAAGAGCAUUCCUGGGGUUUUUUGUUUGUUUGUUUGUGAAUGCAUGUGUAAACUCAUGAGUAACUGCAUCUGUAGAUCUGUCAUUGUUUUAUAUUGUGUAAAUUACUUUCAUUGUGGCUAUUUCUCAAGGUGAAAUUUUAUUGUGCUAAUGAAUUUCAUCAGAAAUGUGUAUAAUGGAUCUGCUGGCAGUAGUAAUAUUUUGUUUUAGGAUGUUGUGACUUAGCAAAAAUAAUACAGAUGUCUUCCCCCUUUUGUAGCUUUGACAAUUUGAAUUAGAUUUCAAAUAAAAUCUGAACAGAAAACUAUAAUGUUGUUUUUUUGCCCCACUGGUGAUACUAAGUCCCUUAAAGUCCUACUGGUUUCGCACUACUGUUGUAUUUCAUAAAUCUGAUGCACUUUAUAAGCUCCAGUGUUAAAGUAGCUUAAGUUUUAUAUUUACGAAGAUGACUAUCCAAAUUAAGGGACCUGAAACUCCUAUUUGAUGGUUUGCUAACCAUUUUCUUUGAUAAGUUUCUCUUGGGUAAUACUAAUACCCAGAUAUCAAAGACUAGGUAGAUAUGGCAUGGUGUUUUUUUCGUGGGGUGCCUGGAUAAAAGAUUUUUUCACAGAAGCAAUAUGUAUUCCAUACAUCCAACCCAUGUUGUGAGUAACUACUUACUUUUAGGGGAAAAUUAAAUAUCUUCUUCAUUUCCUCUUCUAUCAUGAAAGAAGUUUAUUUGUAAAAGAAAUUUUCUAACAAGGUUUGGCCAUAGAAUUCUCUUGUAUGAUAGUUUACUUUUUAUAAUAUUCUGUAGGCUGUCUUUCAAACACUGGCAUCAAAAUAUUUUUUUACAAGUUUCUGUUUAAACAGCUUAGUUGGUUUCCUCCCCACCCCCCAAGAGACUUGGGUUUCGUUAUAGUUUUAAGUAAAAUUUAAAAAUAAAAUGUUUUUCAGCAAACUUAGUAUCUAAUGGUUUGUAAAUUCAAGGUGCAAAAAAUUGAUUUAAACCAUUUGCAGAGUUGAACUCUAUUAUGAAAAUAAAUUUGCUACGGUAUAAGGAAGAAAUAAAACUUGUAUAAUGUUGGUGGUCGUAAUAUUGCUACAAUUAUAAUAAAGGGUUAUGUAGAAUUGAACUGACA